AUGUCGUCGUUCUUUCUUGAGCACGGAGGAGACGGAAAUAAGGAAAGAAAAUCGUUAGCCAUUCUAUCUAUCUAUCUAUCUAUCUAUCUAUCUAUCUAUCUAUCUAUCUAUGUAGGUAUCUAUCUUUUGUUGUUGCCAGUUAUCUAUCUAUCUAUCUAUCUAUCUAUCUAUCUAUCUUUUGUUGCCGCUAGUUAUCUAUCUAUCUAUCUAUCUAUCUAUCUAUCUAUCUAUCUAUCUAUCUCAAGUUGCCGCCAGUUAUAUAUAUAUCUAUCUAUGGUUGCCGCUAUAUUAUCUAUCUACCUAUCUAUGUAUGUAUCUUGUUUCCGCCAGUUCUCUACCUAUCUAACUAUCUUUUGUUGCCGCCAGCUAUCUAUCUAUCUUUUUGGCCGCAAAUUCUCUACCUAUCUUUCUAUCUAUCUAUCUUUUGUUGCUGCUAGUUCUCUAUCUAUCUAUCUAUCUAUCUAUCUAUCUAUCUUUUCUCAAUCUGUUCAUAUCUAUCUUUUGUUGCUGCUAGUUCUUUAUCUAUCUCCCUAUCUAUCUAUUGGUGCCGCCAGUUCUCUACCUAUCUAUAUAUUAUUGCCGCUAGUUAUCUAUCUAUCUAUCUAUCUAUCUAUCUAUCUAUCUUUUGUUGCCGCCAGUUCUCUAUCUACCUAUCUAUCUUUUGUUGCCGCUAGUUAUCUAUCUAUCUAUCUAUCUAUCUAUCUAUCUAUCUAUCUAUUGUUGCCGCCAGUUCUCUAUCUAUCUAUUGUUGGCGCCAGAUCUCUACCUAUCUUUCUAUCUAUCUAUCUAUCUCUCUAUCUUUUGUUCCCGCCAGUUAUCUAUCUAUCUAUCUAUCUAUCUAUCUAUCUAUUGUUCCGCUAUCUAUUUAUCUAUUAUUUAUCUAUUGUUUAUCUAUCUAUCUAUCUAUCUAUCUAUCUAUCUAUCUAUCUAUCUAUCUAUUGUUGCCGCCAGUUAUCUAUCUAUCUAUCUAUCUAUCUAUCUAUCUAUCUAUCUAUCUAUCUAUGUAUCUUUUGUUGCCGCCAGUUAUCUAUCUAUCUAUCUAUCUAUCUAUCUAUCUUUUGUUUCCGCCAGUUCUCCAUCUAUCUAUCUAUCUAUCUAUCUAUCUAUCUAUUGUUGUUUUUAGUUAUAUAUCUAUCAAUCUACCUCAAUCUGUUCAUAUCUAUCUAUCUAUCUAUCUAUCUUUUUUAUCUAUCUAUCUAUCUAUCUAUCUAUCUAUCUAUCUAUCUAUCUUUUUUGCCGCCAGUUCUCUACCUACCUAUCUAUCUAUGUUUUGUUGCCGCUAGUUAUCUAUCUAUCUAUCUAUCUUUUCUCAAUCUGUUCAUAUCUAUAUAUCUAUCUAUCUUUUUAUCUUUUGUUGCCGCUAGUUAUCUAUCUAUCUAUCUAUAUCUAUUGUUGCCGCUAGUUUAUCUAUCUAUCUCAAUCUGUUCAUAUCUAUCUAUCUGUCUAUCUAUCUAUCUAUCUAUUGUUGCCGCCAGUUCUCUACCUAUCUAUCUAUUGUUGGCGCUAGUUAUCUAUCUAUCUCUAUCUAUCUAUCUAUCUCAAUCUGUUCAUAUCUAUCUAUCUAUCUAUCUAUUGUUGACGCUAGUUAUCUAUCUAUCUAUCUAUCUAUCUAUCUAUCUAUCUAUCUAUCUAUCUUUUUUGUUGCCGCUAGUUAUCUAUCUAUCUAUCUAUCUCAAUCUGUUCAUAUUUAUCUAUCUAUCUUUUGUUGCCGCCAGUUAUCUAUCUAUCUAUCUAUCUAUCUAUCUAUCUAUCUUUUGUUGCCGCCAGUUCUCUACCUACCUAUCUAUCUAUCUAUCUAUUUUUUGUUGCCGCCUGUUCUCUACCUACCUAUCUAUCUAUCUAUUUUUUGUUGGCGCUAGUUCUCUAUCUAUCUAUCUAUCUAUCUAUCUAUCUAUCUAUCUAUCUAUCUAUCUAUCUUUUUUGUUGCCGCUAGUUCUCUACCUAUCCAUCUAUCUACCUAUCUGUUUCAAAAAGAACGACAAGCCGGUUAUUAAUCGGCGUUUGUCCGUCUGCCAUUUCAUCGGCAUUUAUCUUCUUCUUUUUUUUCUCUCCCCCAUUCUCCUCGUGGAGGGAAUCGAUUUUUCUAGCACGCACCAUUAUUGUAUGUCUUGUUUGAUUUCCUGUCAAUGGCCGUCUGUCUGUUUAUGUAACAAAGUUCGCAUCACAAUGGGUGGAAGCAGCGACGUGCAGGUUGGAAUCGGGCGAAUAAAGAGACUUGGCGGGAAAGAGGCGCUGCCCGAUUACCGGGAGUGUGGUUCCACAGCAUCGAACAGGAGCAGCUGCCGCUCCCGAAAUAGGCUGAUUCUUUUUUACGGCAUUAUCUUUCUUUCUUUCAUUUUUUCUUUCCUUCUUUCUUUCGUGUUUUCUUUCUUUGAUGUUUGUUUGUUUGUUUGUAUCUCUCUUUCUUCCUUUCUUUAUUUGUUUCUAUCGUUAUUUCUGCUUUUAUCUGUUUCUUUUUUUCUUUCUUUAAAAUUUAAUUUAUUCUUUGACAAUUUCUUUGCUUCUACUUCUUUCUUUUUUUCUUUCUUUUAUUCCACCCCUCCUUCCUUUUACUUCCUUUAUAUCGUUUUUUUACUUCUUUUCUUUAUUGCUGCUUUCUUUUCUUUUUAUUCUUCUAUGAUUCUAUUUCUCUUCUUUCUUUCUUUCUUUCUUUCUUUCUUUCUUUCUUUCUUUCUUUCUUUCCUUUCCUUUUCUUUUAUUUAUUUCCAUUUCUUUCUUUCUUUAUUUUCUUUUGUUUGUUUGUUUGUUUCUUUCUUUCUUUCUUUUUCCCUUUCUUCCUUUAUUUUUUCUCUUUUUUCUUUCUAUAAAUUGCGUCUUUCUUUCUGUCCUUCUUACUUUCUUUCUUUUUUUAUUUCUUUCUUUUUUCCUUUCUUUCUUUAUUUCUUUCUUUCUACCCCUCCUUCCUUUUAG